AUGACUAGCCUCAAGUGUGCAAGCAGAUGCUACACCAUGUGUGGAAUUGCCGUGUACAGUCGUGUCAACAACACAUGUGUAACGUUCCGAAAUCGAAUUCACCAAUCAGGUUUCACAGUGAGCAGGAAAGCUGGAUGUGUUGUUAUCUAUAAGAACGACGCAGCCUUCAUGCAAGACUGGACAUUAGUAUUCAGAGCUCAGGCUGGGAUUGGACACCCAGUGGUCGACUACUGGUCAAGUAAAGGGAAGCAAGACGAUAAUCCUCUCUCCGAGACAUUUCCUGCCAGUUGUUUGAGAUUCGACAAAUCCAGUUCUUGUGACAGGCAUUUUAGAAGUUACAUUCUGGAUAACUGGAAAAAUAUUGUUCAAGUCCGCUAUUCUCUGUACAGGGAAGGCAAAGAGGUAAGCUACAUCGUCUUCAAUGGAACAGGCAGCAACGGAACAUCAUGGUUCCAGCAAAGUAGAAUCUUGUCAACAUCGUGGACGAAGCUGAAAAACGAAGGACCCAUUGAACAUUUUACUCUACUUGUGUUCGAAAAUGAUGUAUCCAAACGUUCUUUCUAUAUAUUUGGCCCUCACAAUGGUUGCGGCACGGAUUAUGCACUGACAUUUAUCAUCGAAAGAGACAAAGACGCAUGUGCAGAGAUCUGGCAAGUACAGUCCGUCCCAGUGCCUGUCUUCAUCUACUCAUUGAAGGAUUCGUAUGUUACAGUCAAGAGAAAGGGUAAUGAAUAUAUCGGCUUGGCAGACGCUGCGGCGGUGUUCGUUAAGUUUGGGGAUAUAUUUGCUGACGUCUGA